GUGUCACUUUCGCAGCUGGGCUAUUGUUAAAGGAGGACGUGGAAUCAUAUGUGUGGAUUUUUAGACAAUUUCUUGAUGCAAUGGGUCGUGAACCAAUUUGUGUCAUCACGGAUCAAGACCCAUCCAUGAAAAUUGCAUUCACUAAGGUGUUUACAACAUCUGUCCAUCGCUUUUGCAUGUGGCAUAUAAUGUCUAAAGUCUCAUCCAAGGUCGGCCCUAUUUUGAGUAAGAAUUCUGAAUUCAUGUCUAAGCUAAACUAUGUUGUGUGGAGCCACUAUCUAGAACCUGAUGUGUUUGAGAAAAAAUGGACCUCCAUAAUGGAGGAAUUUGGAUUGCAAAAUCAUGUUUGAUUUUCAAACAUGUAUGACAUCCGCAAGGAUUGGAUUCCUUCUUAUUUUAGGGAUUUGUACAUGGCGGGAUUACUUCGUACAAUAUCCAGAUCUGAGAGCGAGAACAACUUUUUUGGUGAAUUUUCCAAUCCUCACUUUAGCCUGGUUGAAUUCUACAUGCAAUUUGAGAGUGCCAUGGAUGCACAACGGCACUCUAAUGCAAAACUAAAUGCUGAUUGUGAGUCUUACUUUCCAACAUACAAGACGCCACUAGCUAUCGAACGAUAUGCCGCAACAGUAUACACACUCACUAUUUUUUCAGAUUUGCAGUCUGAGAUUUGUUCCACGUGUUUUUCAUGUCAUGUUACAAGCCUACGCGAGAACGAAGAUUGUUUGGAGUAUUUGAUCUCUAAUGAACGUGGUUUGAGAUUUACUGUUCAUUGUAAAUCGGAUGCCACUAAUUUGACGUGCAGCUGCAAAUAUUUUCUAUGUCUAGGUUUGGUUUGCAGGCAUAUGUUCGUUGUGCUCAAAGAUUUCAAAUCUGAAUGCAUCCCAGCUGAUCUCUUAAACACACGCUGGUUUAAGAAAGGGUGUAUAAAACCAUUGUUUGAUAUCGGUGAUGCAGUGGUUCAACAAAGUGCAGCCUUGGAGGAAAAGAAGUUUGUUGUUAAUCAAUUGUGGUCUGAUAUUCAUUCAUGUGUUGCAAUGGUAGAAAAUGAUCCUUCUCUGUUGCGACAGUUUGCAUCACUGAUCACACAAAAUAAGGAAAUUAUUGCAUCUACAAUGCAAGAUGCACAAUCUUUAACCAACAAAACUAGUGUAAUUCAGUCCUUUUUUGGCUCCUCCGCACCCACUUCAGUGAAUGUUCUUCAACCUCCUCAAGCACACAACAAAGGUUCGGGUAAGAGAAUUAAAGGUGCUAAAGAGUUGGCUGUUGCUCAGAGCCAACGUGCGAAGCGGUUGUGUAGAAGUUGCAAUGAAAUGUCAUAUCAUGAUAGUAGAAAUUGUCCAAAG